AUGGGCGAGGCGUUCGUUCGCGUCUUACUGAGCCCCUUACGUGACGCCGCGAUCGUCGACGACGCGCUGCGGGACGGACGAUUACGAGAGUGCCCGCGAGCGACGUUUCGCGCGAUCGUGCGCGCGAGAGACCGCGCGGUAGAUCGUGGACGACGGUUGGAGGAUGACGUGCGAGAGCGACCCGAGGUGCUGAGCGAAGCUCUGGAGGGCGACGACGCGACCGACGGAGCGCGGAAAGCGGUGAGAGCGAUGUCCGCGGUGUCUGGUAAAUUGAAGGAGUUGACGGCGUCGAGUUCGGGGUCCGAACGGGGGGGUGACGGACGGUACGCGUCGGGGAAGUACGCGGUGGGCGGUACGCUGAAAGGCACGUCGACGCGAGAGGACGACUUAAAGGUUCGAUUUUGGAACCUGUGGGGUGGGAGUAAAACGUGCAGGGAAGUGAUGGUGAAGAGCGCGAGGGAUAGCGUGUACAGGAAUCCGGAGGGGUUGGAGCGGGCGGUGUUGAGUUUGGAUCGAGUGGCGCCGUUUGUCGACAGUCCGUUGUUGCUGCACCGCGCGCCGGAGCUCUUGGCGAUGCCGACGGGGGAAAUCGUCCGGAGAUUGGUGAAGAUGCGAGAUGUGAUACCGAGGGAUGUGGGAUUCGUGGCGACGCAGAUGCCGGCGUUGCUGUUGAUGAAGCCGGAGACGUUAACGCUCGCAGCGCGGCGACUGGCCGCGGCGCAGGGGACUAGCAAAGCGUGCGUCGUAGAUUUCGUUCAGUCGGAGGGCAUCGACGCGUUCGCUGCAUUUGCGUGCGAGGGUGAAUCUGAGGAGGUUGAACCGGUGACGGUAGCGUAG